AAAGAAAAAGAAGGAAAAGGAAAAGAAAAAGGAAAAGAAAAGAGGAAGAAAAAGCACAACGAUCGUUCGGUCAAAUGACAUGGGAAUUUGCAGCAGGAGACACUUUCUAUUGACGAUAUGCAUUCUGCAACUUAUUACCACCGUAGAGCGUCAAGUUUUCGACUUUCUGGGGUUUAUGUGGGCCCCGAUACUGGUCAAUUUUUUCAAUAUAAUUUUUGUUAUCCUCGGAUUUUUUGGGGGCUUUCAAUACAGACCUAAAUAUAUCAUAUCGUAUUGUAUAUGGAACACACUUUGGUUAGGAUGGAACAUAUUUAUGAUAUGCUUUUAUCUCAGUGUAGGAGUACUGGAUAAAAAUAGUGAUAUUUUAAAUCUUGGUACCGGUAGUUUCUCCUGGUGGCAUGUAAAUGGGCCCGGUUGUAAAGCUGUAUAUGAUGUUACUGAACCAGAAUUAUUCAGGCCAGCACGUCCUAGUAAUGUGACGGAUUGUGUACUGGAUUAUGAAGUAGUAGAAAUCCUACAUGCAUCUACACAAUGUCUUUUAGGGUUAAUGGCAAUUAUAGGAGGGAUCUGUCUAAGUAAAGUCUUUUUAGAAGAAGAUGAUAGCUUACAAAUUAAGAAGAAGAAGAAAAAGCAGCCUCGGCCAUUGUAUAGCAUCGAAUAUUCUCAACCAGAGCCUCCUGUACACGAUGACAGUGUAUCACCUAAGCCAAUGACACCUCGAAGAGUCAAGAGACGUUCUGUGAUAUCACGAGAUGGUACACGUCGAUCCAGUCGAAGAAGUUCGGUUAGACAAUCACGUCGAAAGAAUCCAGUUAAUCGAAUAAUGGAUCAUCAGGAGAGUCUUUAUGCUAAUACAGCACCAAGUAAUUUAACCAAUCAAAAUGUAAACUCUUUGUCUCAAGGAACAUUGAAUUAUGAUAGGAUUUCAGUAAGUUGGGACAGAGAUAGAAAUUCCAAUUGGCAGCCAGAAGCUGUGAAUAUGGCUGUCUCUUCGCCAACGCUUUGGACUGGACAAGAUAAUAACAAUUAUUCAAAUACAAGUAAUUAUUCCAAUCAGAAUUUGCCCAUCUGGGAUGGAAAUAGCUCAACGAGAAAUCUCACUGACAAUUGGCAAGAAAAUGAUCUGAAUACUAUGCAAUGGCAAGGUCAGAGCAAUCCAACUUUUCAACAGACUAGUACUCAAAGCUUGAAUGGUGAGGAUCUUGAAGAUUUGUAUAGCAAUCGGCCUGCUAGUGCUAGAUCAAGUUAUAGCAAUUAUCAUGGUGUGAGAGCUACACCUCAGGUACCUAGCAGAACCGAUAUUGUUAGACAGAGUCAAAGACAAUUUGUUCUUAGUGGACCACCAGCGUAUCAGGAUACAGUGAUAUAAUAUUCUAAUAAUGUCCUAAUAGUAGCCUAGCAUUAAUUUUUUUGUUCUUCAUCGAAAAUGAGAAGGCUAGUUUUUUAUCAUUUUGAUGAUUUUUAAAGCUUUACUUUGAUACGGACUGACACAAGAGGAAUAGACUUUGUACAGAUUUUAUUUAAGACUUUUAAGCAAACUCUUCAUUGUGCGUUACUGUUAAAUCAGGCUCUUGUUUCUUUUUAGCAAUUUAUGUUUUGGAGAAGUUAGGAUAAUAACUUGUGAAUUUCA